AUGGCUUCGUCGCUUGGAUGCGCGCCAUUUCCUCGGGGCUACUUUGCAAACUCUACCACUUCACCACCGCCCCACCCCGGCGCCGACAACACCACAAACCACCUGUCCAUCGACCCACCGCCUAACCAUCUCGAAUACUGUACUCACUCUUCUGGUGUAGCCGACGGCUCGUGUGCCCAAAGCAGAUGGCUCACGCAGCCUUGGCACACAAAGUAG